ACAUCUGUCAUCAUCUUGCUCACUUGCAUUUUCAUGCCUCCGCUCGGUGCAUUUUUGCUGAAGGGUUGUGGCGCCGAAGUGAUCAUCGCCAUUUGUUUGACCAUUCUUGGUUGGAUCCCCGGAAUCUUGUACGUCUUUUGGCUUUGGCUG